GUUAGUUACUACACCAUGUAACUAUGAAAUCCUUGAAAAAAAAAAAAUGAGAUUCAUCACUUGAUCUUAGGUCGAACCCCUUUUUCACCACGAUCUACAUUGAUAUUGGCGUCACCGACUCCAUAUCUAUGUGCACUACCUCAUACACAGGACAGUAGAUGUCAUUGGCAUCGCCGAUCACAUUGUUCCUAGAUCUGGCCCCUGUUGGCUGGGAACCAUAUCCAAGUGGUUCAUUCUCCGCCAGUUGAUCGGAGUUUUUGGUAGUCUAGGUAGGUAAGCUUGGGGAACAUGAUGGAUCGAUAGCCGCAUUACGUAUCGGCUAGCUUACAUUACCUCACUCUCACCUGCCUAUCUGUGCGCGGAGGUGUACAGGACUUUUGGUGGCCAAGCGUAGAACUAGGAUAUUGUUCCGCCGCAGGACUAGUCAACUGUUAUCACGAUGCGGCCAGGGUGCGUACAUGCUGUCAUCGCUAGGGCUGCUGCACGCAAAUGCAGGAUAGGUGGCAAUCGCCGCCUUGUCGGGUGGCCCAAGAGGGGUUAUAGGCAAUACGCCACAGUUAAGGGGCCGUCACAGCAACCACAGCGGCCGGUAGUCCCGAAAGGAGCUCCUUCUAAACCGGCUAAGUCAAAGCAAGCCCCUAAUAUCAAAUCGAAACCCAGCCCAAGUACCCCCGCACGCUUAAUCCCUUCAACGUCUACAUCCUCAACUUCAUCCCCAUCUUCAUCUUCAUCCUCGUCAUCAUCCUCAUCCUCAUCCUCAUCCUCGGGCGGAUAUGAAGACAACAAACAGCCCAUAUCCGAGCUAGUCCGCAACCGUUGGUUCCCGCUCUUCGGAGUCGGCGCCGCGGCAGCCUGCGUAGGCCUCUUUGCCGUCUCGGUCACGAACUACUGGCGGACGCACCCGGCGGAGUACUGGACGCCCGGCCAAGAGCCGGAGGCGCCCACGGGCCGGUCGACGAUCCAGUCCCCGCGCGAGUUCGACGAGCACCUCGACAAGUCGGAAUGGCGCAUCGGCAUCACCAAACUGCGGCGCCGCGUCGCCUCCGAGAUGGCCCGUGGCCACGUGCUCGAAGUCGCCGUCGGCACCGGCCGCAACUUUGAUUUCUACGACUGGAGCGUCGUGACUAAGGGCCUCGAGCCCGCGCAGGGGGCAGAAAAGCCCGGCUGGUUUAGCUGGUUGAAGAGCGACCGGCCAAGCGUGGAGGCCGAGGAAAAGAAGGAGGCGAAGCCAGAAGAAAAGAAACUCCUAGGACCGCCGCCGCGACGUCCGCAACCACAAAAACCUCCACCUCCACCUAAAGACAACAACGCAAUCCUCAGCUUCACCGGCCUCGACAUCUCACCCGCCAUGCUCGAUCUCGCACUGACGCGCAUCCGGCAAGUGGUCCCCCACAUGGCCGACCAGAUCCCCAAGAAACCCACCUUCGCCAGCCUCGCCGCCUCAUCUCCUCUCAGCACCGCGGGCGCGGGCGAAGGCAUCUCCCUGGCCAACAACCGCAUCCGGCUCCUCAAAGCCGACGCCCUAUCCCCCCUCCCCUCUCCUCCUUCCCUCCCCCCAUCUCCCACCCCCCAUAAAUACGACACGAUCCUCCAAACCUUCGGCAUCUGCAGCGUCCGGGACCCCGUCUCCCUCCUCGCCAACCUCGCCUCCUCCCUCCAGCCGGAAACGGGGCGUCUCGUGCUGCUCGAGCACGGGCGCAGCGACAGCUGGUGGGAGCUGGUCGUGAACGGCCUGCUGGACCGCAGCGCGCGCGACCACUUCGCCCACUUCGGCUGCUGGUGGAACCGCGACGUCGACCUCAUCGUCCGCGCCGCCCAGCGCGCCGUCCCCGGCCUCGAGGUCCUCCGCUUCGACCGCCCCGGCUGGCUCACCCUCGGCACCCACAUACUCGUCGAGAUGCGCGUGCGCGGCGCCCCUGCCAACAACGGCGAAAAUAAAGUCGCCGUUUCUGCUUCUGCGCCUACUCCGCUUACUACUCCUGUAACGAACACCGCGACUAACAAGGAGAACGGAGAGGAGGAGAAGAAGAAGAAGAGUGGCUGGCAGUGGCCGUCGAUACUGUCGGUCACCAGCAGCGACGAGAAGAAACCGAAGGAUUCAUAAUUGGCCUGAUCUACUACCUAAGUACAGAGUCAAGAUCUGGGAGGUCGGCAUGAAGUUUACGAAGAAAAUGCCGACAGGCUCAACCCGGUCUGAGGGACCGUAUAUAUAUAUAUAUAUGUGUGUGUGUGUGUGUGUGUGUGUGUGUGUGUGUGUGUGUGAUUACUAGAUGUCUUGUAUAGGUACACAAGCCGCU